UAACAUGUUGCCAGGGCAGUACAUUCGUCCUCUGCUGAGUAUCAGUACCGGUGGUAUUGUGGCUUCUCGUAGCGUCUAUAAGGACUUCACAUCCCUCGUGGGCAACACUCCUAUGGUUGAACUGCGACACGCUAGUCGAGAAACUGGACGCACUAUCUUGGGAAAGUGUGAGUUUCUGAACCCUGGUGGGUCGAUAAAAGAUCGAGCUGCCGUAUGGAUGUUGAAGGACGCUGAGGAAAAGGGACUGCUUGUGCGUGGACAACCAGGCACAGUGAUCGAGGCGACUGCGGGCAAUACUGGGAUCGGUCUGGCUCUGGCCGCUAAUAGUAUCGGGUACCGUUGCAUCAUUGUCAUACCGGAAAGCCAAACAGAAGAGAAAAAGGCGGCUAUAAGGCAGGCUGGCGCUAAACUGAUAGAAGUUCCAGCUGUGCCGUAUCGAAAUCCUAAUAACUACGUUCGAGUGUGCAGUAGAAUGGUAGAGAACUUGCGUGGACAGGGUCAUCACGUUUUCUUCGGCCAGCAGUUUGAUAAUAUUGCCAAUAAGAAAGCUCAUUUUGAAGCGACUGGGCCGGAAAUUUGGGAGCAGACUGGUGGCUUGGUGGAUUCCUUUUGUUGUGCUAUGGGGACGGGAGGCACCCUUAGUGGGGUUUCGGAGUAUCUUAACUCGAAGAAAGAGACGAUUCACAUUGGAUUGACAGACCCCAAGGGGGCUAUGUUGUACCGAUGGUUCACAGAGGGUCGACUGGCGGCAUCGGGCAGUAGCAUUACGGAAGGAAUAGGCCAGGCUAGGGUGACGGGGAAUAUGGUUGGUCUCAAGCCUGACUCUGUUCAUGAAAUUGACGAUUCGGAAGCUCUGAAGUGCUUGUGGCAGCUCAUGAACGAGGAGGGCCUCAGCUUGGGCUUGUCGUCCGGUAUAAACGUUGCUGGGGCUAUGAGGUUGGCGCGGAUGCGCCCGACUGGGAGUGUUGUUGUCACUGUACUGUGUGAUACGGCGCAGAGAUAUGAGCGGAAAAUGUUUGAUGAGGAAUAUCUCAAGUCACAAGGGUUACCUCCUCGUCCUCUGGCUGAGCACAGCAUCGAUGAUAAAGAUUUAUCAUCGGCGUUGAAGGCAGCAUUUGCCUCGGAAGUUGAAGUGAAGGACGCGUUGGCAGCGUAUGAGGAGGCGGUGCCCGAAGAGCUCAUGAGUGGCAAGCCGUUGCCUUGAGACGCCAUCCCAUGGUUUCUUU